AUGGAGUGGCUUGGACACGCAGAACUCAACUUCACUCAUGCGCCUUCACCACGAAAGGUGCAAGAGAAAGAUGGCAAUGCCACCGAUCUCUUAUCCAUCUGCGAAAAGGCAACACCGCCAUGCCGGCUGAACCCACUGCUCUUCAAUGGCCAUCUGCAGACGAUGUGGACAGCGACCAAACCUGCUGGACCAAAGAUUUACUAUAAGCGCAAGAUUUUCGACGCUGACCACAAGAUCUACCAUGGAACGUUCGCCGUGGACUUUGCUGUUGAGCCUUUUGAGGCCCCUGAGGACCCUUCAUUGUCUCGACGAACGGCUUACUUCACUCCAGAAGAGUUCGAUCAUAUCGGGUCAGACGACUGCAAGCCCAUGCUUGUGGUUCUGCAUGGUCUUUCAGGUGGUUCUCACGAGAUCUACCUUCGACAUACUAUUGCGCCAUUGAUUGGCGAGGGCGGCUGGGAAGUCUGCGUGGUUAACUCGCGAGGUUGUGCGCGCAGCAAGAUCACCAGUGGUGUCUUGUACAACGCCCGAGCGACAUGGGAUAUUCGUCAGACCAUAAAGUGGCUACAGAAAACUUUCCCCAACCGACCUUUGUUCGGUCUAGGGUUCUCCCUCGGAGCGAACAUGCUCACCAACUAUAUAAGUAUUACUUCUCCGAAUUUUGGCUCAGAGGGCCCCAGCUGUGUCCUCAAGGGAGCAGUUGUAUGCAGCAACCCAUUCAAUCUAGACGUCUCCAGCAAGAUCCUACAGAACAGCUACAUCGGCAAAGAAGUUUAUCUUCGAGUCAUGGGCAGUGCUCUGAAAGAACUCGCUGCCACGCAUAGAACCGAGUUGGAAAAGUACAGCAAAAUCGAUGUUGAGGCCGUGAUGAACAUCACGUAUCUGUAUGAGUUUGAUCGCCUUAUCCAGUGCCCUUCUUGGGGGUAUCCGACGGAGAGUGCAUACUACCGCGAUGCUUCAUCAGUGGAUUCCAUACUUUCCAUUGAGAUUCCUUUCCUGGCUGUCCACUCAACUGAUGAUCCGAUUGCCGUCAAGGAAGCUAUUCCAUAUGAAGAAUUCAAACAGAACCCCAACACUGUCCUUCUCACCUCUAGCCUGGGAGGACAUCUGUGUUGGUUUGAAACCUCGGGCGGUCGGUGGUUUACAAAACCUGUUGCCAAUUUCUUAAACCAUCUUGCUUUCAAGGCCGAUCUCGAUGAUCUCAGGCCUCUCGUUAACCCCAACAACAAUGAUCAUUUAGCUGACGGACAUGGCUAUAUCCCUAUGCGACGUAAGCUAGUCAUUGUGGAAGACUAA